GAUGCCAGUCUGACCUCCUGGUCCACCAGGCUGUCCAAGGAGCUGUCCGGAGAGCAGCCCUCUCCGCCAGCCCAUCCUGCCUCCCCUCUGAUAGCAGUGCAGCUCCCCCGCCCCCCGCUGUUGGCACCUCCCCCGCCCCUCCCUGAAGAGGCCGAGCAGCAGGCUGAGCGACCACACUCUGGCCUGGCCAUUCUCGGCCAUUAGCUUGUCCUCUCGGAGACAUGCCAGCCCCAGGACUGCCCUGCUCUGGGGCUGCUCUCGGGUGCAGUGCCCACGGUGUCAGGGCUGUGCCCCUCCACCCUGCAGGCUCCCGGGGGCCUGGAUGCCCCAGGACACGGCCUGGGCACAAGGCAACAGCCAAGCAGGGACAUGGACUGACUUCGUUGCACAUUCCCAGGGGGCCUCUUGCGCCAGGUCCCCGGGACCCAGAAGCUGCCGUGUUGAUUUCAGAAUUUCAAGAAAAACACAGAAAGAGGCUGUUAGCCUUCUACGGAGAAAAGAUCGCCAGGCUGGAGGAGUCCCUCAGGAAGGCCAUGCUGCGGGUGGAGCAGCUGCAAAGUAUGAGACCGUCCCAACACACAGCCUUCGGCGCGCUACGAAGUCCGGUUUCAACUCCUUCAGCAGAGCCCCGCGGACAGCUGUUCCGGCCUCCCGGCUCCUCCGCCUCCUCCGAGAGAGUGGAGCCCAUGGAGGUCGACCUCACACCCUCCCCGCUGAGAAGGCCCGAGCCAGCCGGCCCCACCAGAGUCUCCCUGAUCAGUCCCCCCCAGGACGGACGCAUGGGCAGCGUCUCCCACCUCGGCCCUCAGCAGCUCAGCCUGACGCCAAGUCGCACCAGCGGGUCCCAGGCGCUCAGGAUCCCACCUGUGCUGAUGCCCGGCCGGGGGUCGUCCCAAAGCCUCGGCCUCCAGGCGGCCGGCAGAGCGGGAGGAGGGGGCUCGGCCCCGGCACCCAGGCCGCCCAUCAGCAUCUCGGGGCUCCUGCAGAGGCAGCAGUCAGGGUCUGCCAGCCUCGGGGGCUUCCCGCCCAGGAGGUGACAUCCUGCCCUGCCCGCCACGCUCCAGCCGCCCGCCACGCGCUCACCACAAGCUCACGAGAGGCAGUGGGAGGAUU